AUGGCUUCACGCACACUCAUUGUCGCGCCGCCUUCCGUUGCGGCGCACCCAGAGAAGCUGGACAGCGUAUACGAGAUCCAUGACCGCUCCUCGACCGACCUGCAGAUGCUGGACCGUGUGGCCGCAGGUCUGGCCAGCCUUCCGGCCUCCACAUACGACGUCGUGCUCCUCCUCACCGACGCCGCCGGCACCUCGCGCGAGAGCCACGCGCUACUCGUGCGCGAUGUCAUGCACAAGAUUGUCACCGCCCUAAAGGUGGGCGGCGUUUUCAAGAGCCAGGACGGUGCACUGCAAGGCUCAGAGAGGACAGAAGCCAUUCUGGCUGGCUUGGUCGAGGCUGCAGAGGGCAUGACCAAGCCCGCACAGGAGGAACCCAUAUCGAUACCCUUGAAAUUUGGCAGGAAGAAGGCAACGAACGGUGCAAACGGUGCAAACGGUGCAAACGGCGUCAAUGGGGCUUCCCAUACAGAUGGCGCUGUCCAGGCCGUCAACGCCGACGGCUCAGUCCCGCUGAAUCUGAACCGCAUCAACCUGAACGGCAAGCGGCCCUCACCCGAGCCUGCGAAGCCCUCAGGCGUAGGCUUCGUCGACUUCAGCGACGACUUCGACGACCCCAUCAUCACCGGCGAAGACGACGAUGACGACCUCAUCGACGAAAACGACCUCAUAACAGAGGAAGACAUGGCCCGCCCCGUCAUCCAGCCUAUCGAAUGUCGUCCCAAAGCCGGCAAGCGCCGCCGCGCCUGCAAAGACUGCACCUGCGGCAUGAAGGAGAAGAUCGAAGCCGAAGACGCCGCGAAGCGCGCCGACGCCGACAAGGCGCUCAACACGAUGAAGUUCGGCGCCGACGACCUGCUCGACGAGGUCGACUUCACCGUCCAGGGCAAGGUCGGCAGCUGCGGCAACUGCGCUCUGGGCGACGCCUUCCGCUGCGACGGCUGUCCGUACAUUGGCCUCCCCGCCUUCAAGCCCGGCGAGGAGGUCAGGCUGCUGAAUAACGAUGUCCAGUUGUAG